CUGGGAAGGGGGACAGAGCAGCCUCUCUCUCCUCACUCUUCCCCAGCCACCUGUCUAGUGGGCAGAAACUGCAGCGCCGGAGCGCAGAAGGGAGCGCGCCGAAGCCUGAGCCGGCCCAGCCUCCGGAGCGCUCUCCAGAGCUUUCGGGCGGGGCUCUGAGCCCUCCUGGGCCCCGCCCCCACGCUACCGGGCCACGCCUCCCGAACUCUAGGCUCCGCCCACCCGACCGGAGUCCGCAGAGGCCAUGGGGACACGGAGCAGCCCGGACGAGGGGACCCUGCCGCCCGCGGUCCCCGAGUGCGACGCGGAGGUCCGAUCUCAAGGGGCCGCCCAGCCCCGGGAGCUCCCCGAGGACUCCCGCGAGCAGGAGGUGCCCGAGGCCGCAGCAGAGCUUCCGAGCGGCCACGGAGCUGAGCAGCAAGCGGAGGAAGAGGAAGAAGUGGGAGAAGGCAGCAGCACGGAGAGCAGCCGCGAUGCGGUGGAGGCUUCGCCUUCCGUUCAGAUCCCGGCCACGCCAACCGCAGCCUCUCAGGCUGGGGAAGGGGUGCGAGGGGCGGCGCGGCGGCUUCAAGCCCAGCAGUUGGAGGCACUGACUCGCGUGGCUUUGAUGGAGCAGCGAGUGAAGGAGCUACAGCGUCAGAGGAAGGAACUGAGGAUCCAGAUGGAGGUGGAGGUGACCCUGCUUCGGUGUGAGCUGGCUGGGGAGCGAGUGGCCGUCUGGCGGGAGGAGGAGCAGCUCUGGGAGCUGCUGGGGCAGCAGGUGGACUCAGAAAAGGGCGGCCGAGAGCAGCACGAACAGGCACAGAGGCACCUGAGCCAGGAGCGGGAUCGUGUGGAGGGUCUUCGCCAGAGACUCCAGGAGGCCCAGGGGCAGCUCGACUUGCAGCCGGAAGACCAGCGUGAGCGGCUUCUGCAGGGAGUGCAGGAGAUGAGGGAACAGCUGGAUGUGGCCCAGCAUGCCUACGAGGACCUGGAAUUCCAGCAGCUGGAACGAGAGAGCCAGCGAGAGGAGGAGGACUGGGACAGUCCCAGGGCCCGGGCACUGGACCCCAAGGUCCAGGAACUCCAGGCCAGUGUGGUGCAGCACAGGCGCCGGAUCCAGGUCUUGGAGGAGCAGCUCAAGUCACUGGGGAAGCAGAUGGCAGCUGAGAGCUGGGGGCUGAGCCAGAAGAAGGAGGAGGCCCUUCAGGCCCUGACCCAGGAACAGAGCAGACUGCUCAAGCUCAGUUGCCUUCAGGGAACCCCUGGCGGGGACUUCUCUGAGCCAGGCCAGGCCCUCACCAAGCUCCUGUUCACCCAGAAGACAGACCGCCAGUUGCUGGUUCUCCAGGACCCCACUGCCCACGCUGCCGCCGCCACCUCUUCCUGCCUCUUCUCCGUUCACGGCUCCCUCCAGGGCUCCAUUGGCCUCCAGAGGACUGGAAGCCUGCCCCGGAAGAGGGGAGAGAGAGUGAGCCAGAGGGGAUCCCCCCGGCCUCUGUCCUUCUUUUGUACUGGUGAGUACGUACCCCUUCCCCGCGUAUGCUCUUCCGCCAUUAACCACCCUCCUGCAGCACAGGAUGGAGGAACCUGGGUGCCUCUGCUGGGGGAGAGGUGGAGGGGCUUAGACAAGGGAGCAUCGCAGCCCCCCAGCCCUUCUCCCCGCAGGAGCCCUGGAGGCCUCGGCCCUCCCGCCAGCAGCUGGAGACUCCGGGAGACACCCCCUCUAUCAGCUGCUGAACUGUUGCCCCAGAAAUAUCUCCUGCAGCAGGCUGUGGCAGAGAGGGAGCGGCUGCUCCAGGCCAGGGAAGGGACCAGAAGGAGCACGGAAGGUGCCUCAGACCCCCCUGUACCUGCCAUCAUGGCCCCGCCCACAGCCCCAUCCCGCCCUCCUGGUCCUCGGGUCUUGGAUCUCCGGCAACACCUGGAACGCUGGGGCCACAACCCGGAAAGCUGCCCGCACAUACGGGUGUCUGGGGGCUACUGCCGCGGACCCCUGGUGAAGAUGGGAGGCCGCAUCAAGACCUGGAGGAAGCGGUGGUUCUGCUUUGACCGCCAGGCCCGCCGCCUGGCCUACUACACAGACAAAGAAGAGACCAAGCUCAAAGGCGUCAUCUACUUUCAGGCCAUUGAGGAAGUCUACUACGACCACUUACGCUGUGCCUUCAAGAGCCCGAACCCUCGCCUAACGUUCUGUGUCAAAACAUACGAACGCCUUUUCUACAUGGCGGCGCCAAACCCAGAGGCCAUGCGCAUCUGGAUGGACGUCAUCGUGACAGCGGCGGACGAGAACCACGCCCCCUGAGUGAACAUACCCUCUCAGGGGGACGUCCCAGCGAGGCUCUGCCCCGCACGCGCUGCCUCGAAGCCACGCCCACUGCUGGAAAUCCUGGGCCAACCCCGUUGGAACUCUCCCGGGAAUUUUGUGGGCUCGGCGGCUCGGCAGGUCUGAGCUGCGCAGUUCUGGGCUGCAGGUGUCUUCCCCGGACGAGAAGCCAGCCCCUGAGGCUCUGCCCCGGGUGGGAGGAAGGUUGCGGGGGCGGGAAGGAACUAUUUAUUGGUGCUCCUGUGAUACCGAAUUAAACUUGGAGGAAAAACAGUGGUUACUGCUGAGGUUCCCAGCACAGGCGUACGGGGCCCCUCGACCCCUAGGCAAGACAUCUGAGUUACGGGUACCUCGGAGACCAUGUAUCCUUUAG